CUAAUACUUUAGACUCCUAGCGUUAUAUGAUUUUUGUGUUUAGUUGCAAGUUCAAGGUUGUAGGAUAUACGUUUAGGUUUAGACAACAUUUUGUUAGAAACGUGAAAGACAAAAUGAGUUGUGAAAGUGAUAGAGAAGGUAGUGAUGAUCAACAAGAAAAUGUCUCUCACAAUUCAAGAGAGAAGAGUGCAUCCUCACAUGGCUCAUCAAAGCAAAGGGUACGGAAAAAAUCAAUGUCACGAAGUCGUACACCACAUUCACACUCAAGAUCCAGAUCGUACUCAAAAUCAAGAAGUCGUUCACGUUCUCGAAGACAUCAUCGCAAUAAGAAAUCAAGGUCAAAGUCCCGAACACCAAAAAGGAGAUAUUCAAAAAGCAGGAGGAGCCACAGCAAAUCUCCUGUAUCAAGUCGACGAAGAUAUCUUGGAAGUCGGGAGAAUCCAGAACCUUGCCGAUGUAUUGGUGUAUUUGGGUUGAGUCUCUACACAAAGGAAAGGGAUUUGAAAGAAGUUUUCUCCAAGUAUGGUACAGUGGAAAAUAUUCAAAUUGUCUAUGAUCGACAGAGUGGUAGAUCUCGUGGAUUUGCUUUUGUAUAUUUUGACUCCAUUGAAGAUGCUGAAGAAGCCAAAGAAAGAUGCAAUGGGCUAGAAAUUGAUGGACGGAAAAUUAGAGUGGACUACUCUGUUACAAAGAGAGCACAUACCCCAACCCCAGGAAUAUACAUGGGUAAACCUAACUUUCCGAAAUAUGGUGGUAACUACAGAGGACGCUCUCCAUCAUCAAACUAUCAUGGCCGCAGAUAUUCACGUUCGAGGUCCCGUUCAUACUCACCUCGGCUUGAAGAAAGAAAUAAAAGGAUGAAGAAUUAAGAAGCGAAGAAUUUAAUUGCUUUGCGAAGAUGGCGAAAAUAAUUUGUAUAGCAAGAUUAGAAGUGGGGUUAGUUAAUGAAGAGAAAACAAGAAGGGGUCAGAAUAAGAAUAACGGAGUUCUCAUCUGUGGAAAGUUCAGGUGUGAAGAAAAGCACACAGUUAAUCAGAAUGUGAAGAGAAGUUGGAGAGUAAUAGAAGAAAAUUUUAGUGAAAUUUUGUCAUGAAGAGAAUGAAUAAUGAAGGCUCAGUUGAUGUUUGUACAAGUAAGCAAACAAAUUGCAGUGGUCUUUGUCAUUUUUCAUAAUGCAGCAUAAGGGACUGUUACAGAAAAAUACCACUUGCCAAAAUUACUGUUUACUUAAGAAAAAAAAAGACACAAACAACAUAAUCUUAUGUGAAUGGUACAAGUGUAGUGCAUCAACCCCCAUUUCUGUGAGGCUAUACAUAGCAAUGUUUACUAUAAUUCCAAAUUUAUUAAGUAAAUUGUUAAGAAAUUUGGUUAUCUUUUAGUAAACAUAACAAGUAUUUUAUACACAUAAAAAGAAGUAUUUCUACUAAAGACUUGUCUUUGAAUUUAGUGAGUCAGUCUGACUCAGAUUCUGAAUAGUCUGAGUGCAAAGUGAUUUGUCAUGUUAAGAGUAAAAAACAAUAUUUUUUUCAUCUGACAGUUUUUGUACUUCAGUUAAAUAUUCUCUACUACAUCCUAAAAGAAUAAAUUUUCUUUCUGAGAAAAAUAUACUUUAUCUUUUACUUUCUCUAACAUUAAUUGUAGUGAAAGUUGAAAAAUAUGAUAUAAAUCGAAAGUACAUUUUCUUUUUUUUUUGUAUAGAAUGACUGCAGAUUGUAACAUACAAUUAGUUAUUUGUCCUAAACAGCCUCAGGCUUGUAACACUUUGCACAUCUAUCUUUAAUUUUACUGUUUUGAACCUCAUCCAACUAGUAUGAUAAAGUAGUAAAUCACUUGGCAGGAAGCUUGGUGUAAGUUACAGUAAACAGAGUAUUGAUUUACCUCAUAGACAGCAGUUCACUUGUAUUUCUCAUGGAGAAAUUCUUUACGUUUUUUCAUUUGAGUUUUAGUAUCUAACCUAUUAAGUUUCAAGUUUUUACAUUUUAGUAACUUUUAUAACAAUAAAUGAAAAAUAUACAUAAAAAUCAAGAUAUUUAGUUCUUAUGUCUGUACUGUUGUUUUUUUUGCCAUCAGGUAGACAAAGUACCAUAAGCCUACUUUAUUUGUAACAGUGUUGAUGUUCACAAAAUAUUAAUUUUUUAUUUCAGAUAUGCAGUUUAGAACAAACAGUAUUAUUAUUAUACACUAAAAACAGUGCCCUAAAACUAAUUUAACUGGUUUUCUAAGUGAGCUAUAAAUAGGUUAGAAAUAUUCUUGAGCUGGUCAAACUAAACUCAACAAUGGCAGAUAAAAAACUGAGGCCAAGUAUUUCAAAACCUUCUGGUUGAAUGAACUAGCUUUGUAGAGAAUUCACUAAAGUAUAAUCUUUUUUUUUUUACUGAUUAAAAGUAAUUCAAUAAUAAAUGCUAGAAAGAAUUGUUGACAUUUUUUGAAAGACAGAAUGUGAUACGAGGGACAUGGCAUGUGGGUUUAACCUUCUUGUCUAUAUGUUAGUAAAGUAUAUUACAUGGAAGCUCAAAAUUUACAUUAUAGCUUAGCAAUAUCUAUAAAACUUGAAGAUAAUACAGUGCUCCAGAUAGCUAGCAUAUCUGCAUUAAAUAUGCAUGACUUUUUGAGAUACCUGUCAUAUUAUAUUCUAUACAUAGCAGUUACAGAUGUACUAUCACCAAUAUGCUAUAUUAUGAAUUGGUGUGCUCACUGGUUGCAUACUGUGAAAAUGGCUAUUUUUUAACAUAGACGUAUCAUGCUUAAAAAGAAAGCAAACAACAACUAGGAGUGUAAUGAUACAUCAAACUAUCAAUAGAUUGCAAUUAUGAACGUCCAGGUAGCAAUGCAUCAAUGGUAAAUUUUAGAAUUGAUAACAAUUGUUGAUAGUACCCUCAAUUAUUGAUGUUUUCCAGAGUUUGCAAACAUGAUUAUUUUCUCUGUUCUGUUUGUUUUAUAUUAAGUUGUUUCUCUGUAAUUUCACUUUGUUACAGAUUGGUUUUAUGGUCUAAACUCACCUGUAAGCCUAAAACCACGUGUAUUACAUCCUGCAUUAGCAAUGUUGCACGUCCCAUGGACUAAGCGUGUAUUAGAGAAUUAAUUAUUGCUAUAUGUAUCUUAACGAAAAUUUGCAAUCUUUUAGUAAACUUGAUACGUAUGUUGUAUUAAAAAAAUCAAUUUUUUUCAAUAAAGUAUUUGCAUGAAACAUGAA